ACAGGCAGACAGACAAUAUCCUAUGAUGGAUAACCCAGCAGAGACUGGUAUCCUCUCCCCCGAUCCCUUCUCAAACCCAUACGAGGUGAACAGCAAUGAGAAAGUCUACUCGGAAGGCACCACAGGCAAGGUAGAGACCGGUGGAGAGAUGGAGAAGACGAUGACUUCCGGAGAGACAAGGGAUGCUGUUGGCGGCGGCGUCAUGGAGGAAGAUAGCUUCCGUAGCGCUGGUAUCGACGGUAAAGUUGCGACCGAUGCUGGGAACGGACUUGGUGAUGGGGAAGGACAUGGUGACGGACAUGGUGAUGGACACGGUGAUGAGGAUGUGUUGAUGGCUGAUGUAGAUGUGGAGGAUGGCUAUGUAGGAGGAGGAGCAGGUGAUGUCCAGGAGGAAUGCAUUGGUAACGGAGGCUUGGAUCAGGCUCAGCCAGCUGUUGUGGAGAAUGGAAAACAGAAUGGCAGACGAUGUGAUCCAUUUGCCUCGCCAGAUGACCAGCCUAUGCCCCAGGCAGAAACAUCUCCAGCACAAAACAUCUAUGAUCUCCAGUCCUCUUGGCCACAGCAACCACAUGCAGGUAACGAAGACACUCAAAGGCAGCCAGAUGAUCAUCUAAACCAAGAGGAAACUUUUCCCGCAGAAGUGAUCUCUGAUAGAUAUGAUGAAGAGAGAGACCAAGAUUAUCCAGAGGAAACAUUGGGUUAUGUCCAUUCAGAACAGAAUUUAGAGGAAGGUGAGGUAGAGAAAGUUGAUGCAACUGGAAGUGGAGAUUAUUCAGGACAGGAUCAUCUAGAUCCCUAUGAUGCAGAAACAGCAGAUCAUCUAGAUCAGAAAGGCAUCGAGACAGAAAAGGACAGUCUCCAGGAAAAUCUAAAUCUUCAAGAAGCAGUAACAGCAACUGUACUAUCAACAGAAGGAACAACAGACCAUUUACAACAAGAGCAUGAGGAUCCCCAGGAAGCAGCAACAGCAGAUUAUCCAGAAGAGGAGGGUAUUGGCAAAGAAAAGGACACUCGAGAGGAACAUCUAAACGUUCAAGAAGCAGCAACAGUUGAUCAUAUAGAACAGAAAGAUAUUGCGACAGAAAAGGAUUAUGUAGAUUCCUUUGAAGCAACAACAUAUAGUUCAGAGCAGAAAGAUUCAGAGUUUGAGAAGGACACUCCACAGGGAUUAGUAGAUCCCUAUGCAACCACAGAAAUAGAUUAUUCAGAGCAAAAAGAUAUUGAGAAAGAAAAGGAAACUCAAAAUGAAUAUCAAGAUCCUUAUGGUGCAGCACAUGCUGCUCAGCAAAUAACAACUGAAAUGCAACAAGACCCUGUGCAAACCAGUGGAGAUCCAUACUCAUCAGCACCGAUCCUGGUUGGACUAAAUGAGAAGGAAGAGGUGCAACAGCCAACAGAAAUUUACCAGGAAUAUGCACAAGGGAGCAUUGAACCUGCGGCUUCAAAAGAGAAUGAAGUUCUGGUAGACCAGGAGGAAUUACUGAAUUCAGAAGAGAUUGCACAAGAAUACCCGUCUGAAAGAGUAGACUCUUUUGAAAAAGUGCAAGGAGAGAAAGAGGAAGAUAUUACACAGCUUAGUGGAGUAGAACAUCCAUGUGAAAGUAUGGAAGAAGAGAAAGAUAUUGAUACAAAAGGGAAAGAUAUGGAGCAAAUGUUAGGUGCCUCACAUAUUCUACAGGAAAGUAUAUCACCAACAGAAGCUUCAUAUAUGCAGACCCCAAUGCACACUGAAGAGCAGGGUGAAAAAGAGGAUCUAGGACUAGAAUAUCAAGAACAUACAGAAGAAGAACAGGAACCAGAACAGCUUCUUGAUCCACACGCCCCAGAGAUUGCUGAUAUGGCUGACACAGGUGACACUUUACAUCCAAAAGAUUCAGAGCUGCUUGGGGACGUUGAUCAGCCAGCUCAACAAGGCAAUAUCCCACAAGACUACAGUGAUACAUUAUUGAUAGAAGCAGAAGUAGGUGAAAAAGAGGCUGAAACUGAGUUUACAGCUUUGGCUACAUUAGAGGAGAAAGACAUGGCAGAUGAACAACAAGUGCAUGAAGAUGAUCAUGUUUUAGCUCAAACCCGCGAUGACCAGGUAGAAAGUGGAAAUAUGCAACCUGAAAUGUCAAUAGAUCCAAUCGAUGCUGUGUUUAGGGCCAAUUCACAAGAAAAUUUGCUGGGUCUUGACCCAGAAGCAGCAGUCUUCGAGCCAAAGAAAGACGAGACCGCUCCUGAAAACUUAGAACCAGUACUUGAAAGUGAUCAAAAUGUCACACCAGCACAGCCAGAUGUCGUUCAUGCUCCUUCAUAUGAUAGAGAAGAUGCCAAUGUUGAUCUUUCAUAUGAUCAAGACACUGUUGUGUCUGCUGAAGUUGAUACUGAGUCUUUCCAAAGUGGACCUGUUAUACAAUCAUCAGAUCCACUUGUAUCUCAAGGUCUUUCACAAAUUGAUAUUGAGCCUUCCCAGCAAAGUGCAGAAGAUCUUUCCAUCCCCACUGCCCCUGUCAACGUUCAAGAGAGUGAUGAUUAUCAUGGUGAUGAAUAUCAAGAUGAAAGAGUAGAACCUGACAGAUAUGAAGAAGGGCAAGGAGAACCUGACAGAAGUGAAGAAGAGUAUGAAGAAGAGGCAAGAGAGCCCACUCCACAAGGAAAUGCAUCCAACCUGCCACUUCUGGACUUGGGUGAUGGCCCAGUACAGAGUUUGUCUCUUGCAGAUGCAAACCAGUCUCCUGGACAACAUUCAUUUGAAGGAUCCUUCUCUCCCAUUGAGGAUAAUGUUGCAGUUUCCCUUGCCUUGGAGGAUCAAGCUCAUGUGUUGGAAAGUGGGGAGCAGGAAGAAAGUGAUGAUGCAAAUACUGAGACCACAGAGGUAGAAGCAGAACUGCAUGAAGACAAUUUCGAACAAGAAAUUCAACAUGAGGUGGAACCAGCAUACAAUACUCCAAAAGAAGUGCCUACUGAAGCUGAAGGCCAUGAAGAAGAUCUUCAUGACAACAUCCUAAGUGAAGGGAAGGAUACUAGUGAAGUGCCCCAAUAUGAAAUUGCUGAUACUAAUGUAGAUGAGAGUCAUUCUGGCCUUGUCCAAGAUAAGGUUGAAGUCUGCCCUGAUCAACACGAUACUAUGCAAACACCAGUGGAGACAUAUCUAGAAGAGAAUGAGAAAGCAGAUGAUGAAUACAACCAGAUUCAACAGGAGCUUCCAGAAGACUCCAUGGCUGGGGUUGAUGGUGAUGGACUUGAUAAAAGGGAAGAAUUUUCUUCUGCUGCAGAAAAAACCUCUCAAGAAGUAUAUCCUGAGCCUUGUGAGCAAGCCACCCCAGAAAUAGUAAUGCAUGAGUAUUCAGAAGAAGAACUAGAAACUGAAGAAACACCAUACACUGCUCCAGAUGUUUCCACAGAUACUACACUUCAGAACACUGCAGACAAACUUCUUGGAGACCCAGAAGAGGAUGAUGCUCUUAUAAUGGAAAGAUCCAGAGCUAGUGCUACACCUCCAAACACACCUGAAGUUAUUUUACCCUCUCCUCCUGAAAUGUUACCUCCACAGGCAUUAUUUCAGGAGACUAUGCAAAAAGAAGGGGAAGCAGCUGAAGAUCAGUUAGCUCCUGAAGCCGAGCAACUUGAACCCUACGAUGACCUGAUAGUUCAAUCUGAAGAAAAGCAAGAACCUUCAACAGAAGAACCUGUUGUACAUGAAGCUGAUGAGGUACUAGAAUCGGCACCUGAGGAACCUCCCUCUGCUGCUUCCAUAUGCGAAGAGAAAUCAACCUCUUCAGAAAUUACCACACCAAGUGUUCCCCUUGCUGUACACACUCCAGAGGUACCUACAGCUACAUCUGCAGCUGUUGAAGCUGAGGAGAAAGAAAUUAAAUCAAGUCCUGCUCAGCAAAAGAAGCCUAAGACUCCUACUGGCACCAAAUCACCUUCUAAAAAACCAAGCCCGUCUGCAGCACAGAAAGCUAAAUCGAGUGUGAAACAGGGAUCUGAUACACCCAAGAAAACAGCAGCUUUGUCAAGAUCUCAACCAAAAGCAACUGCUCCAGGGGAGAGAAAAGAAACUGCAAAGGCACCAUCCAAAUCUCCAACAAAAUCACCAUCAAAGAUACCUUCAAAGACACCAGCAAAGGUUCCAGCAAAGGUACCACCAGCAAAGGUACCAGCAGCAAAGACACAAGCAAAGGUACCAGCAGUGAAGACACCAGCUAAGGCUUCUCCAAAGGUCUCAGCUCCUGCUCCAGCGAGACAUGCGUCAUCUGCUAAAAGGACACCAGGAUCUUCUGUUGGUGCCACAGCUACAAGGCCGAAAACGGCUCCUCACAAGGUGGACACUAAACCAAUUGAAAGCAAACCAAAGCAAGACAAGGUGAAGAUGUCUGGAGUUAAGCAGAAGACAGUUACUACUGUGACUAAGACUACACAUACAGAAGUCAGAUCUGCCAAUUCAUCACCAAGAAAAUCAGCUGAUGGGGAUUCCCCUAGAGUGAGGCAUUCUCCAGGGCGGAAUGGUGCUGCAUCCAAGAUUGGAUCUCUAGAUAACAGCAGACACUCACCUGGAGGAGGAAAUGUGAAGAUUCAGUCGGAGAAAUCUAACUACAGCAGGGUACAAUCAAAAUGUGGUUCCCUUGGCAACUCAACCCACAGGGCAGGAGGUGGAAAUGUCAAGAUCUUUGACGAGAGGGUUGACUUUAGAACUCGUGCCAACAGUCGUGUUGGUUCGCUGGAUAAUGCCCACCACUCUCCUGGGGGUGGGAGUGUUAAGAUUCUCCAUGACCCUGUCACAUUCUCAAAACCCUCAAGUAGAGUGGGAUCUCUGGAGAAUGCCCAUCACUCACCGCACGGUGGGAAAGUCAAGAUUCUGCAUGAUCCAGUUGCUUUCCCCAAGUCGUCUGUAUCCAGUAAAAUCGGUUCCUUGGACAAUGCCCAGCAUUCUCCUGGAGGUGGCAACGUCAAGAUUACAAGUGCUUCCAUGGAUUUCAGCAAAAAGGCAAAAAGUAAAAUAGGAUCUCUGGACAAUGCUCAUCAUUCUCCAAAGGGUGGAAAUGUAAAGAUAUUGAAUCAGUCUGCAGACUACUCAAAGACGGUGAAAAGCAAAAUUGGAUCGCUUGACAAUGCCACACAUUCCCCAGGAGGAGGAAAUGUAAAGAUUGAAAAAAAGAAGGUGGACUUUGGCAAGAAGGUCACAUCCAAGAUUGGUUCUCUGGACAAUGCCACGCACAAACCUGGAGGAGGGAAGGUGAAGAUUGAAAAGAAGAAGUUGGAUUUCAAGGACAAAGCAGCUUCAAAGAUAGGAUCCAAGGACAACAUCAAACACCAGGCUGGAGGCGGCCAGGUCAAGAUCGAGAACAAGAAACUCGACUUCAAAGUAAAGGCCACCUCAAAGAUCGGCUCCAAAGACAACAUUGAACACAAGCCAGGUGGAGGGCAAGUCAAGAUACAAGAAGAAAAGCUAGAAUUCAAGGCAAAGGCUUCGAGUAAGAUUGGAUCCCUUGAUAAUGCCAGUCAUAAACCAGGAGGUGGAGAUGUACACAUUUUAGAUGAGAAACUGGAGUUCAGUACCAAAGCUCAGAGCAAGGUCGGGUCAAUGGACAAUGCCGACCAUCAACCUAGUGGGGGAGAUGUGAAGAUUUUUGAUGAAAAGCCUACAUUCCAGCACGCCUCACCACGUACAGACGAACACGACGAUGACGGUAUUCAUUAAGGACAAGCGAAGCCAUGACUUGAUCUGCAAUCCUAUGGCUGUGACUCUCCCUGAAUGGUGACCCUUUCUCCAAAGUAAAAGAAAAGAUUCCCUCAAGGGUCAGUGGAUACAGAACCCCUGCCACGAUAGUCAGCUAAAACUGCACACCAGUCAUCUGAAUCAUCCAGUUGUGGUAUAAAAGAUGGUGUCGUGGGAGAUCUUAUGGGGAACCAUUCAAGAUUUCACAGAUAUUAUGUGUAAUCGAUCAUCCGGAUUGCAACCAAAUUUAUGUCCAACGGGUCUUACUACUCAUUGACUUCUGAACCCUAUUGUUCCCAUAUGCUUCCCAUAUCCUUAAUACAGGGGUCAUUGGGUUCCAGUAUAAGCAGUAUUAAUGGGUGUAUCAUUCAAAAACUUUUGCUAAAAGAGAUAUUUCUCAAAAUAAUUCCUUCUGCCUAACCAAAUCACUUGCCAAGAGCAAUUCAAACUAGAUUUGGGUCUCAGCAGUGCCAUUAAUUUUUUCUGGUCUUCAUACAUGGUUGGUACAUGCAUGUACCUGCACGGGGAGUCCAGUGUAGACAAACCAAAGAAGUUUGAACUCCUGCAUCACUGUCUGCAGAUAUCAUACCAGUCAUUUUUGGGCUAAGGUAUACAAAGAUGUGAUCAUAGAUGUGAUCAGUAACUAUUCUUAUCAUCAGUGAUGUUGCUACUGGUGUUAAACUAAUAAAGGUUUUAAACUUGUCACCAGCCCUAUAUGAAUAUAAAAACUGCACAACUGAUGCUACUGAAGUCCAAUACCACAGGAUACUUGUAUGUUAUUUAUUAAGAAAAACUUUAACCAGUUUUAUCAUGGUGUUAAUUCAACUAGCCGUUGACAGACAUUGUUGUCUUGACUUUAAUAGCAAAGGGGUUAAUCCUUGUAAUUCUCUCAUGGAGAUUUCAGUCAGCAUAUAGAAAGGUGUAAACCAUAUGAGCUAAAUCUCCAGCAUUGUUCGUAUGUGAAAAUUCAUGGAAGCAGCUUGCAUGCAUUGCUCCAAAACUUGGUGUAAGUUAAUCUUAAGUUCUGAUUACAUAAAUGCAUUCAAGAAAAGUGCUAAUUAUAAAUCAUGCAGUAGAUUGUUGGUUUGCACCGCCAAAAUAUAAACAAAGUACGACAAAUUGCUGCAAAUAACUGAAAAAAGCAUAACUCCCAUAUGCAUAUCACGUACUUGUUGUGAUCACCUUUGUUUGCUCAUUUAUUGGCUAUUUUACAUUUUCUACCAAAUUCAUAAGGCCGAUGUCAUUAUGAUUUGUGGUUUGAAUACUUGAUCUUGUGUAAGUUUUUUGAUUGUUUCUUGGACAAUUUAUUAUGCAGAACUCAAGAUUAUCUUUAUGUAAUCGACUUUUGUUGAUAAUCACAUGUACUCCACUCUAUGACUCUACAUCUUGUUUCAACUCAUGCAUGUAUAAAAAAUAAUCAUGAGAUUUUUAGAAAGUCCACAGGAAGUUUGCAGCCAUUUGAUAGAGCCAGUAAAGCGCUCUGAGCCAUGAAACAACUAUAGUACCAGCUGCUUUCACUAAUGGUGCAGCCACACUUUCAUGUAAAACCUAGCUUUAAGAUGGAGCCACUUGUGUGAUACCCAGUGGGAUUACGGCAUGUAUAUGAUACUUGCGGGGUCUACAAGGUGCUUACUCCAAAUGAAGGCCAAGAUUGUCAACAUGUUCAAAAUUUAUAUCAAGUCAGCCCCGACUAUUGCUAUGGAGCUAUGGAGCAUAUAUGGGUUUUGCGUUUGCUUCUGUGGCGUCGAGAGCUUACAUUGCAGAUACGGCCAAUUUUACGAGAGUCAAAAGGGGCGAGUGCGUUGCUAUGUUGUGACUUUCCUUCAUGCAGCUAUGAGGCUCCUGUGGGGGUAAUAACAGUGCCAUCAACAGUAAAAGCAAGACCUAUGUGGGGCUUACACUGAGCUAGGUUUUACAUGAAAGUGUUGACUGUGGCAUAGGAAUGACUCCCUCAAACUGUAUCCAAGGGAGGUUCAUGUACAUAAUCAUAUGUGUUUCAUUUUUAAUGUUUUGUGGAUAUAUCAUGUGAAUGUGUAUGUAUACUUCUGUGUAAAUAUGAGAAAAUAAGUCGAAGAUAAAGCAUUGACGAUGCUAUGAUUUUGUAACUUGUUUGUUCCAAUUAUUGAUGUGUUUGUGGCAAAAAUGCACUGCAAAUAUUAGCUUAUAUUGGUUUAGGUGCAAGAGGAAAACAAAAAUCAUGGGAAAAUUGCAAUAAGUUUUUACUAUGAAAUUAAGCGAAGCAUCAACUUAUUCAGUGUUUAUCGGAUAUUCCUCAAUGUAUGUGAACUAAUCUAUUCCCAAAUUUUAGAUGUUCUGAAUCUUCUGAAUAUAUUAAAAUGGAAUGUAGAGAGGAAAAAACUAUUUUAAUCAUGUUUGUAAUUAUGUAAUCAUGGUUAUGAUUCUAUUAUUGAAAUGCUUCUGGACCUAAUCUGAAUUAUUUAUAAUCGUACGGUUUUAUCUGUAAAUUAUUUACCAGUUUUAUCUGUAAAAUUCUUAGAGACAUCAUCGACGUAUUAAGCUCCAUAUAAGCCCAGAAUAUCAACAUGUAUGGUAGUUCUGCUUUUCCUACAUUUCAUCUCAAGACAGCGCUAGAAACGAUAUAUUACAUGUUCAAUUGAGAUGUAGAUUUUUAUAGAUUAAACACAUAUGAGGAACAGACAACAUACUCAUGCAAAACUUGUGUUUCCUGCAACUAGACAACCGUUUCCUUCACUACAGUGAUAUGCAGUGUAUCAUGAUCAGUGACAAAAAUAUUGAAUAUGCCCUAAUUACAUUAAUAUUGAUUAUUAUUCAAAGGUCAGUUCUUGUCAGUGUGUCAUAUACUGGUAUGCUUUAUUUUAAAGGAAACUUCAUUUCUUAUGAAAAAAGCCAGAAUGUAAAGAAUUUGCUUGUAUUUGUAAUACGUAUUCAGUUAAUUAAGCAGCUGCUGAUGGCAAAUUCUUGAAAAUAUGGUUGAAAUUUUUAUCAUUAAUAUUAUAUUUCUUAUUCUUUGGUUAUAUUAUUGUGCAUGAUGUGUAUCUAAAAAGAUUAAAAGAAACAAAUUAUCUGAAGAAAUGGAAAAAUUGAAGUUGAAAUGUAAACCUGCAUUUGACUUCAAACUAAAAGAAAGAACAGUGUCUUUCUAAAUAUUUUCAAAGUUCUACACAUCAAAAUGUGUGUACAUGUACAAGAAGUAUGUAGUAUGACAAGCAGUUUACUAGUAUGAUGAUAAAGAUAAAGAAUUGUAGUAGAAAAAAAAGAGCAAAUUCAUGUAAUUCUGAUCAGACUCACAUAGAUAAACGAGAAGGUUAUCAAAAAUGUAUUUUCAAAUGUAUUAGUGAAUCACAUCUUUAUGUAUUUAUUUGUAAUACAAUUCUUUUUAAAAGCUUAAGGAUGAACUAUACUAUAGCAUGAAAAAAUGAAACAUACAGUUUGUUCGUUAGUUUUCUUGAAAUAGAUUAUUUAUUAUACUUUACUGCUUUAUAAAAGAAAAUAUUUACAUUGAGAUUAACAACAUGAUUAUACCGAUUCAUAUUUACUUAACAGCAUGAAAAUGAAGUUUAAUAAUCUAAACUGCAGAUAAAUAAUAUGUAUUUACUUCUUAAAAUUCUAAGUACAAAGAAAGAGAACGAGUUCUUGUGCUGAUCUCUGAACUUCUCUAGCUACAACAUUACAUUCACACGUAUUCCCUCUUGUAGUUAAGAAAUAUAAAGAUCUUGAAUAUAUCUUUAGUACAAGAGCAUGUUCUAACUCUGAACCAUGACCAUUUGAUGGUCAUUCAUACAUUAGUAGUUAGUAGUAUGUAUUGCACAAGUUCAUUUAUGCCACUGCAAGAGUUACUUUCUUAGCUACAGAUGUGUCUGUAAACUGUAUGUAGUCAGUCAAAUAUUACACUGAGUUGAAAAUUGAAGAAAAAAAGUCUCUAGAAAACUCUCACAUUGCUGAAUGGUGAAACAUUUUACACUGCCAAAUAUGUAACCCUGUAUGAAAGUCUAUCUUCUUGUAGUUAUGAAGUAGAAUUUUGAGGAAGAAGUGCAGAUGCGUCUCUCCGAUUGACAUAAAUCAUUUCAUUCAUUUCAUUACUUUCAGUAAUUUAUUGUAGUAUGGUCAUAUAUAAGUUUGUAUAAGGGCUGUCUACAGUCUGUAUAUCCUUUUAAAAUGUGAGCCACUCGCUAUUCAAGUACAAAUAUCUCCUUUUCUAUUAUAUAUUUUAAUAUAUAAUGUGAUUUUAUGUAGAUGUGAUUGAAACUUUGUAAGCCAUGCAAGUGAAGAUGAAUGACAAAAAAAAAAAAAAAACAGUUUAAUGUACUUUUAAACAUUUACUCUAUUUUACUACAUUCCCUAUCAAAAUGUGCCAUUUUCCUUGCUAAGUUAUAAACAAUGAAAUGCCAGAAAAUUUUGCCAAUGGUUUUGGUGAAGAAUUUUGUUGUUAGAACAACUUGAGUGGCGUUUAUGAUUUGUAGAUAAAUGUCAUGAUCACUUGAAAAGUCAUACAUCAACAUCAUGACGAGAGAAUAGGAAUAAUACAAUAUAUCACUUCUUUAUAAUUUCUAUAGACUGCAAAACUAAUCAUUAGACAUUAAUGCAUGUAUUAAUUGUCAUUUAUAUUGAUAUACCAUUAUAAAACCCUUUCACAGAUAUUGAAAGUGUACUGCCUACACCUGAUUUUGUCGGUAGCUAAACCUGUAGAAAAAAGUAUUACAACAAGAAAGCAGCUGUAGUUGCCAUACAUGAUAGCAAUGAAUGGCAUGGCAAUAGAACUACUAUUAGCAUUGUAGAUCUGCACCACUGGUAUAGUAAAUUGGAACUAUAUGUGUGCCUAACAUAUGACCGGAUAGACUAUGAUUAGCAGUUAAUUAAGAGUGUAGAAACUGCCAUGUAAACCCAACAGGAUAACAAAGUCAUUGAAAUCAGUAAGUGUAUCAACUUACUAUACAUUUACAUGUAUCAUGCUCAUAAUAAAAACUUAAGAAGUUCAUUUGCAAGUUGAUUAUCAACUACCACUGAGAAAUAAGUUGGCUUCAUCAAAUCAGAUUUCAUCCAUUCUUUCAGUUCAGAUUAAAAGAAAAAAAACCUCUCAAUUGUAAAACAGAAAGUACAGAAAGGGAAAGAAGAUUAUAUAAAAGAAAGAAAUAAAGGAGAUUAAAGGCAAGUUCUUGAGGGAAGGUGAAUAAAUAAUGUUAAAACUGGUGGGAAACAGUAGAAAAUUUGAAUUUUGAUUGUUUUAAAUGAUAAUGUACCAUGUCAUCUCUCAAAGUGUUCAAAUAUUCUGUGUCAUGAUUACUCGAUCAACAUGCAAUUUUUCACAUAAAGGGGCACCAUAAUAAUGCAUAUAAAGAAGAUCUUGUCUCGUUUUUAAUAUUCCAAUUUAGAACAUGCUGAAUUGAAAAUGUGUUACUCAGUUCUCUAAACAUCAAUUUUUAAAAAUAAUUUCAUCCUUCAUAUACAGAAUACUCAUUGUAUGAGUUGCACAAAAGAUAUAAAACUAACUCAUGUUUAGUUAUUCUGGUGAUGUUCAGUUAUUCUGUUGUCACAAACAAAAUAAGUGUUCAUGUAUUGGAGAUAAAGAGGUAGUGUUUUAACAAAGCAUUUAUUGAGAAGGAAUCCUAAUCAAGUAGCUAUUUUUUAAUAUGGAAAUUGCUCACUGUUUUCAUUCGCAAAGUAUAGAUAUGAAACAAUGUCAAUCAACUUUAUUUGAAGACAUACUGAAUAUAGCUAUUGAGAUGUAAGUUAUAGAGCACCUGUAAUCUUCUGCAAAAUGGCUUAAUUUCAAGGUUGCUGCAUGUAUACUAGUCAACUGAAGUAGUAUUUUUCUUGCAUUCAAAUACUUUGAUAAACUUAUGCUCAUUUGCUUGUGGCUCGUUGCUUAUAAUGAUAAGAAUCCUCAAAGAUAUCUGCAAAUAAACUAAUAAAUUUGUGAAAUUAAAUAUACCGUU